AUGACUGACGAAAAGGCAGUAAAAGCAGGGAAAAAAGGUGAAAAUGACCUUGAUGAAUUGAAACGUGAAUUGGAAAUUGAUGAUCACAAAAUACCCAUUGCAGAACUAUACAGAAGAUAUGAAACCGAUCCGGAAAAAGGUUUAACAGAUAAAAAAGUUGCAGAAGUGCUUGCACGUGAUGGUCCAAAUGCAUUGUCACCACCUAAAACAACACCUGAAUGGGUAAAAUUCUGUCGACAAAUGUUCGGAGGUUUUGCUAUGCUUUUAUGGCUUGGUGCCAUCCUAUGUUUCAUUGCACAUGGCAUCAGUGUCGCAACAUAUGAAGAGGCGCCUAAUGAUAAUCUUUGGCUUGGUGUGGCCUUAACCGUAGUCGUAUUUGUCACAGGGUGCUUUUCGUAUUUUCAAGAAGCGAAAAGUUCGAGAAUUAUGGAAUCGUUCAAAAACAUGGUACCACCUCAAGCAUUAGCGAUCCGUAAUGGAGAAAAACGAAACUUGAAAGCAGAGGAAUUAGUUGUUGGCGAUCUUGUCGAAGUGAAAUUCGGAGAUCGAGUACCAGCCGAUAUUCGCGUGCUUAGAGCUCAAGGCUUCAAAGUCGAUAACUCAUCGUUAACCGGUGAAUCAGAACCUCAAUCUCGUGGAUCCGAGUUUACCAACGAAAAUCCUCUGGAAACGAAAAAUUUAGCUUUCUUUAGUACAUACGCUGUCGAAGGAACAUGUCUCGGAAUGGUUGUUAGAACUGGCGAUCGAACAGUUAUGGGUCGUAUUGCUAAUUUAGCAUCAAGUUUGGAAACAGGAGAAACACCAAUUGCACGUGAAAUUGCUCAUUUCAUUCAUAUUAUUACUGGUGUUGCCGUUUUUCUUGGUGUUUCUUUCUUCGUCAUCGCUUUCGCUCUUGGUUAUCCAUGGCUUGAAGCAGUCAUCUUUUUAAUCGGUAUCAUCGUCGCCAAUGUACCUGAAGGUCUUCUUGCCACUGUUACCGUUUGUCUUACAUUGACUGCGAAACGAAUGGCAAAGAAAAACUGUCUGGUCAAAAACUUAGAAGCUGUCGAAACACUUGGAUCAACAUCCACGAUCUGCUCGGAUAAGACGGGCACAUUGACACAGAAUCGUAUGACCGUCGCACACAUGUGGUUCGAUAAUCGAAUUGUUGAAGCUGAUACAACCGAAAAUCAACAAAACGCAACGUACGACAAAUCAGCACCUGGCUGGCUCGCAUUGAGUCGUUGUGCCAUGUUAUGCAAUCGAGCUGAUUUUAAACAAGAUCAAGAAAAUUUGAAGAAACCUGUGCUUCAACGAGAAUGUAAUGGUGAUGCUUCAGAAUCCGCUUUACUCAAAUGUGUUGAACUAUCUAUUGGUAAUGUUGUAAGAUUUCGUGAACAAAAUCGCAAAGUUUGCGAAGUUCCAUUCAAUUCAACGAAUAAAUAUCAAGUAUCGAUUCAUGAAACACAAGAUGGUGAUGAACGAUAUCUAUUGGUCAUGAAAGGUGCACCGGAACGCAUUCUUGAGCGAUGUUCAACUAUCUAUAACGAUGGAUCUGAUAUUGACUUGAAUGAAUAUUGGAGAGCAGCAUUCAAUCGUGCCUAUUUGGAAUUGGGUGGUCUUGGUGAACGUGUCUUAGGUUUUUGCGAUUUACGUUUACCAGCCAAUGAAUUCCCGCGAGGUUAUUCAUUCGAUUCCGAUAAUAUCAACUUUCCUGUUGAAAAUUUGCGAUUUCUUGGUUUGAUGUCUAUGAUUGAUCCACCUCGUGCUGCUGUACCUGAAGCCGUUGCUAAAUGUCGUUCAGCUGGUAUUAAAGUUAUUAUGGUUACGGGUGAUCAUCCGAUUACUGCUAAAGCUAUCGCUAAGGCUGUUGGUAUUAUUUCUGAAGGACAAGAAACAGUAGAAGAUAUUGCUCAACGCUUAGACAUCCCUGUUGAACAAGUUAAUCCAGCUGAUGCGAAAGCAUGCGUUGUACACGGAAAUGAUUUGAAGAAUAUGUCACCGAGCGAAAUUGACGCACUAUUACGUGAUCAUCCAGAAAUCGUCUUUGCUCGUACAUCACCGCAACAGAAAUUAAUCAUUGUCGAAGGUUGUCAACGUCAGGGAGCUAUCGUUGCUGUGACAGGUGAUGGUGUUAAUGAUUCUCCAGCAUUGAAAAAGGCUGAUAUCGGUGUUGCUAUGGGUAUUGCCGGCUCCGAUGUUAGUAAACAAGCCGCCGAUAUGAUUCUACUCGAUGAUAAUUUCGCAUCGAUCGUCACAGGUGUCGAAGAAGGUCGUUUGAUCUUUGACAAUUUGAAAAAGUCAAUUGCGUAUACUUUAACAUCGAAUAUACCCGAAAUUACACCAUUUUUGAUGUAUUUGAUCACUGACAUCCCAUUACCAUUGGGUACAAUUACUAUUUUAUGUAUUGAUUUGGGUACAGACAUGGUACCGGCUAUUUCAUUAGCUUAUGAAAAAGCUGAAACUGACAUUAUGAAACGACGACCACGUGAUCCCAAACAUGAUCGAUUAGUUAACGAACGUUUAAUUUCAAUGGCUUACGGUCAAAUUGGUAUGAUUCAAGCAUCAGCUGGCUUCUUUACCUAUUUAGUCAUUAUGGCUGACAAUGGUUUCUGGCCAAGUCGCUUGCUUGGCUUACGUAAAUCCUGGGAAGCGAAGGGACUCAAUGAUUUAGAAGAUUCCUACGGACAAGAAUGGACAUACAAUCAACGUAAAACAUUAGAAUAUACAUGUCAUACUGCUUUCUUUGUUUCCAUCGUUAUUGUCCAAUGGGCUGAUUUGAUUAUUUGUAAAACACGCCGAAAUUCUCUAUUUCAUCAGGGCAUGACCAAUUGGAUGCUUAAUUUCGGUUUAGUUUUCGAAACUGUACUUGCUGCUGCGCUCUGUUAUACACCAUAUCUCGACAAAGGCUUGAAUAUGUAUCCACUCAAAUUUCGAUGGUGGUUGCCAGCAAUUCCAUUUUCGAUCGCAAUUUUUAUUUAUGAUGAAGUACGAAAAUGGCUCAUACGUCGAAAUCCAGGUGGAUGGGUCGAACAAGAAACCUACUAUUAG